AACGCUUCGUGACGAAAGAGAGCGUUGUGAACAGUUGUUCUGUAUUUUCCUAGUUUUGCUCGGGAAAUGAAUGUUUUUUCCACUCAGAUGGUGUUGAUUUAAUUAAUUGAACAAUGGUUGUGACAUUGGAGCGAGUUCAGUUCAAAUUUGCCUCCAUCAUCGGAGAACUCUGCAGUGAACCAGAUAUCCUUUCACAGUUUGCUGUCUGGGUGGAUCUCAGGUUAGCAGAGUAUAAGUUAAAAGGAUAUAUUACACUGGAAUGCGAUGGUGAUACUCCUGAUCCAGUGUGGCUGAAAGGUAUUCUGAGUGUUCUACUACAAAAGAAAUCCAAAGAGAGGGAAGUUGCUAUCGAAUCACCUGAUUGUACCCACAAAUGUCCUUGUCACCAUGAUAUGAGUGACUCUUUUCAAGAUGCCAAGUCUGUUGUAGGUGUUGAUGAACAUGGACAAGACAGGUGUAGUCCAUCUGAUAAGCUUGAACAGAAGGCAUCUUCCAGCAACCAGAGCAAGUGUAAUCAGCCAACACCAAGUUGCAGCAAGGAUAACAAUAAAAAUUUAUCAAGUCCAGAUGAGCAGGAAGCAACUUGUGAAGAGGAAUCACUUUAUGUUGUUGUAAAGAAAGAAUCCCAAGAUGAAGAUUUUGUUGUUAUUGUACCUCCAGGAAACCAGUCACAGUUGGACAGCAGCUGUAUACAUACAUCUCUUCAUUCUCAUGAGACUACUGUACGUGAUAAAGUUGAAUCUGACUCCAGAAGUGACUCUGAGGAAAGGGAUUCACCAAAUCACCAAAGUCUGAUGUCUAUUAUUGGUAAAACUUUACCUGAUACUGACUUUCCUUCAGAUGCCACUGUAAAUUUGAAGAAUAAUACGAAAACCAAAAUCUCAAGUGCAUCGCAAAAUGUCCAGGUUGGCACAUGUUCCUCCGGUGGAUACCCAAUUCUCAGUAGUUCAAUUCUUUUUCAAGUUCCAAUCACAGCUGUCAAUGUUGCUAAAACCCAGGGAAGUUUAGUGAAUGCCUUAAGUUCAGGGCAGACAGGAGUAAAUAUUAGCUCCAUACCCCUCCAGUCAGCAAGUCAGUGUGGUGUGCCUUCAAUACCAGUGCCUGUGAAGGUAAAACUGCCUUUUGCCCCUCGUAUUCCGAUCUGUAAUCCAGCCAUAACUAAUCUAAAUGGGGGGCAAAUGUCUGUUCUUAAAAUGCCACACAAAUAUUCAAGCAGUAGUCAAGAAGCAGUAAAUGGAACAGAGGACAAGAAGAGGAAGUCAAUAUCGAACUCUACUCCAAAUACCAAACAAGACCGUUUUAAGAAGACAAAACUGUCAACUGAAAAACCCUCUAGCUGUGAGCCAGUAGCAAGUGGAAAACACCUGGCAGCUAGUGGAAAGCACCCAGCAGCUAAUGGCAACCCUACAAUAAAUCCUUCUAAUCAGGCAGCAACACAGGCAGUCUGGUCAGGAAUUCAGUGUGUAGUUCCUCACCUUUCUCCUAAUCAAGUUUCUCUGGGAUUGGAUCAAGGGGCAACGUCCUCUCCAAAUAUUUCACCAACGCAAGGGCGGAAAGUGAGCUUUAAGUAUCCAAUGAAAAAGAGAACAGUUGUCACAAAGUACAGACCUAUCCUACCUGCCGAUUCAGGAGCAAAGAUUCCAGGAACAACAGCAUCAGUGUCUAGAACGAUUGACAGUUCACCAAAGAGAUAGCAACAGAACAUCCCAGUUACCAUUGGUUUUGUCUUUAUUAUAGGCACACAGUGAUCUUGCAGUGGUCCAUUGUAGUAUCUACAUUUGUAUUUGCUUUCCUUUCAUUUUUGUGAUAAAAUACUGAAACAACGUUGCUACAACAGAUAAUUCAUUCCCUGAUGUAAAUAUUGUAAAAGAAUUGUUUUGUGAUACCACAACAUAAGUGUUAUGUUGGUGGUGUAUUAAAUGUUAUAGAAAAUUAUCCUAGGAGGCUUGAAAAUUCUUUGGGUAGCUGUUUCAGUUUUGGUUAUAGCAAAAGGCAACAGCAUUUUUCUGGAAUAUUCCAAUAGAAUACCACCACAGGUGCAAUGCUAAACCUUUAACCGGCAAAUAUGAUCUCCAGUACAAUACCUGUGAAGUAAACAGCUUUAGUAGUGAUCUCCAUCUUCGACAUGCCUGUUCGCACAAGUUCCUUGCCAAGAUUUUUGGUAAAUACAUCCGCACAUAUCGCAAUGAGGAAGCCACCUUCUUUAAAGUUGACGUCAGUAUGUUUAGUCAAUUUACCACACAGUAGCCAUAUAGCCAUACCACAUAAGAUUGUUGUUGUUUUUUGGAGAUGGUAUCAAGGCAUUAUACCCCUUCUAGUGCAUCAGUGGUAUCAGAACUGGGUGGGAUUGGUGGGCAGGGGCCCAAGGCACCCUCACUUGUGGGUUAUGGGUACCCAGGUGUGCUUGGGCCCCCACUUUUUACCUGCCCAAGAUUUUGAUCCAGGAUGAUAUGCAAAUAUAAAUUGUUCGUCCUAAUUCUAAAAUUUCUGUCCUUUGAUAUUUUCUGUACUGAAAUGAACAACAAAGACUAGGUAACACUCAUCAUCCCUUAAUCUAGCAUAUUGUAGAGUGCCUACAAGAUUGAUUCUUACUUAUCCGUAACUACGUCUGGCUAAAUACACAAUAUUGUCUACUAUGCAAUGUAGAGCUAGAUACUCACAAAUGAAAAAAGUAC